AUGGCUAUAAUUAAUCUUUUGGCUAAAUAUGAUCCCAUAUUAGCAACACUUUUAGAAAAACCAAAAGGAAGCGUAAAGAAUCUCAAUCAUAAAAUUCAAGAUCAAAUUAUUUCAUUAACAGAAAUCGAAAUAAAGAAAUAUAUAUUAGCUGAUGUUACUGCUGCAUCAUUUUUUUCGUUAAUUCAUGAUACAACACAAGACAUUAGUAAGCUUGACCAAGUUUCCACAAUAUAUCGAUACGUUUAUAUAGAAAAAAACGAAUUAGGAAUUCCUAUACGCAUUGAAAUAAGAGAGGACUUUAUUGGAUUUACUGAAGCCGAAGAAGGUACAGGCAGAGCAAUGGAAGAACA